AUGGAUGUGUUCAACCUGGCGUUGCGAAACCCGUUGCCUCCAGCACGAAAAGAGGCCGAUAAGAGCCCCAAAACACGGAAAAGGGAAAACGGGAGCGAAAUCCCCAAGUCGACCCCUUCCAACGGCUCGUCUCCAGGAAACAGCAACAGUGAAAACGGCAGCACCUCCAGUCAAACCAACCAGAGCAACGCUGGCGAAACGUCCCACUCUGACGAGGAAGACCCCUACCGCAAGCGCAAGACGUCCAGAAGAAAACACAGAAACUCCCACUUGGGAUGUGGCACUUGCAAGAAGAGAAGAAUCAAGUGUGACGAGAACCUCCCGCAGUGCUUCAACUGCGUCAAGGGGAAGUUGCACUGUGCUUAUUUGAACUUGGAUGCGCCCGCAAGAAACGCUCUUCGAUUGGCUCAGUACAACCAGAACUUGCGCCAGGAUAACGUCAAGGACAAGAAGGACGAGAACGGUAGCAAUGGCAACACCAACAAUAACACGAGCAACAACAACAACAAUAAUAACAAAAACUCAAAAGAACCCAUCACCCAUAUUCUCCUGGGCCACCUCCCGCAUCACCCAGUGGCCGCCGUUGCUGGAGCACCGCCAGUCGAACACGUCCAAGCAUACAUGCCCUACCAGAUCGUGACUCAGCCGUCGCUGGACCCUCAGGCGCCGCCAACUGCCGUUCCUGUUCCUCACCAAGCGCCGCCUGGAACAACGGCCACAAUCUUGCAGUCUCCAUACGGUCCGCUCUUGUCGUUUCAACCUGUGGGUGCUGUGGCCUACUCGCCAGUGCCGGUGCAAAUUAUGGCCCCACAGGUUCCGGUGAUGUAUGAGGAUCCUUCUCUUAUGCCACCGAUGCAAGCGGCUCCUCAUCCACCACCGCCACCUCCUCCUCCUCCUGCUGCUGCUCCACCUGCUCCAGCAACUACGUCUCCACUCAAUCCGUUGCCUAGCCGAGGCACCGCAUCGAUGACGAAUCUGCCGCCCACAAAAAACAGCUCAUAUACUGAUUUGAGUCGAGCCAACAUGGCGCCUACGCUGCUCCCUUCGCUGCUCCCACUGGUUUCUAUUGCUGGAGGAGCCGCUGAAACGGUGCCUCCACCCCAACUCCCUCAGUUGGUGGUUUCUGAUCCAGCACACUAUUCGUCGAUGUCUUCAGCAAAUGGGCUGCCUGCAAACGGGUACGCUCCGGCGAUCAAACAAGAGCACGAGCCUGUGAAGCUUCCCAGCAUCCAGACGCAGCCCCCAAAACUGACUACCCAUUCGACGGUGGCCUCUGCAGGGAACUAG